GAAGAGAAUGAUGAAAAUCUAAAUGUCCACACCUUGUUAAAAAGGUUUCACAGUAACUUAAGCUAGUCCUAUAUAAUAUAAGCUGUAUUUUUGUUUAUUCUCCUCAAUUCAAGAUUUGUUAAGUAGUUGAAUGUCCCAUUUUUAUAUCUGUUACUGUUUUGAAAGUGUAAUCAAAUAAAUUAAGAUCUGAAACUUAUACCAUUUGCUAAUACAAACCAUGAAAAGAAACAAAAGAAAAGACUAUAAAAAAUUAGAGAAAGUGAUUGACUCAGCGGAGAGAGUAGGGCUAAGAAGCUGGCAUGUGUAAAAGCAAGCACAAAACUCAUACAUCUCUGAUCUCACCAAAGCUAUCUAGCUGCCAUUUGUACCACUAAACUCAAACUCUGUCACACUUCUUCAAUAGCCACGUCUCCCAAAAGCCACGUCUCCAUUCCCUUCCAAACUUCUAUCAGUUCUACGACCCAUAUAUAUAUGGAACACUCUCAUUUCUUAAACUCCCACCAACUCAAAGAUAUUCCAAGUUGUUUUCAACGUAUAUACACAACCAAGAUGAGCCAAGAACAGCCAAGGAGGACGCAUCAAGAACAUGAGAAAGAAGAACAAAAAGAACCCAUCAAAUACGGCGACGUUUUCAAAGUCGUUGGGGAGCUGGCUUCCAAGCCUAUUGCACCCCAAGACGCUGCGAUGAUGCAGAAAGCUGAAAACAUGAUUUUGGGUCAGACCCAGAAGGGAGGACCAGCUUCAGUGAUGCAAGCCGCGGCUACUCGAAAUGAAAGAGCUGGUGUUGUUGGUCACAAAGAUUUCACUGAUGUUACUGGAGACCGAGGCGUCACUGUUAGUGAGACUGAUGUCCCUGGAAGUCGCAUUAUCACUGAAUCAGUUGCUGGCCAAGCUGUUGGACAGUAUGCAGAAGCAACCCCAGUACUACAAACAUCAUUUGAGGUUACUCAAGAGAGUGCACUUACUAUAGGUGAAGCACUGGAAGCCAGUGCACAAUCAGCAGGAAACAAGCCAGUGGAUCAGAGUGAUGCGGCUGCAAUUCAAGCAGCAGAAGUGAGAGCAACAGGUAGCAAUGUCAUAAUCCCAGGUGGGCUCGCGGCCACGGCUCAGUCUGCAGCUACUCACAAUGCCCGAGUUGAUCUUGAUGAAUAUAAGAUCAAGCUGCGCGACAUUUUAAUGGAUGCGACUGCGAAGUUGCCAGCAGACAAAGCAGUGACACGGCAGGAUGCUGAAGGAGUGGUCAGUGCCGAGCUAAGGAACAAUCAGAACUUGGCGACUCACCCGGGCGGAGUGGCAUCUGCAGUGACCGUAGCUGCUAGACUUAACGAGAAUGUGAACGUAUGAGUUAGUGGUAAUUGGGGUCGACCGGAUGCUAAAUAAUGGUUUAACUCUGCUAGCUCCAGAGUGGAAUUUCCUAUCAGACCAGAGUUGCACUAUGUACUGUGUAAUAAAUAUAAGUGUACAAAUUUUGUUUACGUACACUGAAUUUGGCUAAACUA